AUGAUUAGGAGGAAGUUGGCUUAUGCGGUUUACAUUCUGGGGGGCAAGGCUGAGUACUGGUGGAGAGGCACCAGGAAAAUGUUAGAGAGCAGGGGUGUACUUAUUGAUUGGGAUUGCUUCAGGAGGGUAUUUUUAGAGAAGUAUUUCCUGGACAGCGUUAGAUACGCUGAGGAGGCGGAGUUCAUGAGACUACAUCAAGGGAGCUUGUCUGUUUCUGAGUAUGCUAUGAGCGGUAAGACUGCUAGAGUUCAGGAGGGAUCAUCUGGGUCCAAGAGGGGAGGCCAGCAGAGGGGACCCUAUGACAGACCUGUACAGUCUCAGAGGGGAGCUGUUAUUAGGGGACCUCGUCCUGCUACUCCUCAAGGUGGAGCACAGUCGGUGCAGUGCUACAGAUGUGGAGGAGCACAUGUGGUUAGAGAUUGUUCCCAUCCAGGGAAUGUUUGCUUUAGAUGUGGUAGGCCAGGCCACAUCUCUAGAGAUUGUCAGACACCACCGACUUCAUCUGGGAGUGCCCCGAGGCCACCCAGACCUAUAACUACGGGGAGAGUGUUUAUAUUGUCAGGUGCAGAGGCUUCCACUUCGUCAGACUUGGUGAAGGGGAAAUGGAAGGCAGCAGGUGAGGAUGUUUUAUUUUUGUUCGAUUCUGGUGCCACGCAUUCUUUCAUUUCUGUUGAUUGUGUGGAGAGAUUGGGUUUGUCAGUAUCUUCAUUGCAUGUUGAUUUGUCUGUGUCUGCUCCGGCUUCAGUUUCUGUGGUGAUGUCAGAGAUGUGUGUGAGAUGCCCGAUAGAGGUGUCUGCUUUGAGUAUUGAGACAGAGAGAGCUAUUGCUGGGAUCGAGAUUGUUAGUGAAUUUCCUGAGGUAUUUCUAGAUGAUGUGCUAGGAUUGCCACCCAGGCGUGAUGUUGAGUUUAGCAUUGAUUUGGUACCAGGUGCAGGACCG